GAAGAUAAGCUAAACGUACUUGGGGAAUGAGAUCCGUUGGGAUUUCGAGCAGCAAUGGCGGUGGUGGUGCCGUGAGUUUCGCCUUGGGGAAGCCGAUGACGCCUUCGAAGUGGGACGAUGCGCAGAAAUGGCUUGUGGGGCUGUCGAGGAGCCGAGACAAGAAGGUCCAACCCAAAGCCAAGCCUCGAGACUCGAACGCCGAUGAUACAAGGCUGAUAGCGCCCGAGUUCGAAUGCGAAACGAAGAAGGUCGAUUUCGACGGGCCUGUUUGGCGAGUACUCGACAACCCGGGGGAGAACUCGGUGCCGGGUGUUCGAUCGAUAUGUGUGAGAGAUAUGGGGACCGAGAUGACUCCGAUUGCGAGCCAAGAGCCGUCGAGAACCACAACGCCUUUACGAGCCACCACCCCUGCAGGAAGUAGUCCUGUUUCUUCAGGAUCUUCGACCCCAGUGAGAUGCAAACAUGUAGGACCAACAUCGGCCGAGGGGAGAGGCGAAACUGAUGCUGCCGCUAAAGGAAAUGGCUCGGAUAAGCAGAGUAGUUUGGAAACUCGAGCCAUGGCUUGGGAUGAAGCUGAACGUGCUAAAUAUAUGGCUAGGUAUAAGCGUGAAGAAGUGAAGAUACAGGCCUGGGAGAAUCAUGAAAAGAGGAAAGCUGAAUUGGAAAUGAAGAAAAUAGAGGCGAGAGCUGAGAGACUGAAAGGUCGGGCAAAAGAAAGGUGCGCAAACAAACUUGCAGCCACAAGGAGAAUAGCCGAAGAGAAACGUGCAAAUGCAGAAUCAAAGCUAAACGAGAAAGCUGUAAGGACUUCACAAAGGGCGGAUUACAUAAGGAGAACCGGUCAUUUUCCUUCUUCUUUCUCCUUCAAGUUGCCUUCCCUUUGCUGGCAGUAACUCUGCAGACUACCAAAGUUAAAUUGC